GUCUCAAGUGCAACGUAUGGAAUCGCUUUUCAAUCGUUUGCAUAUUUUCUGUUUCUAUCACUCAUGCUUUUGCCAGACACGAGUUCUGGAGGUGCUUUCCAUGCUUAUCGAGAGCCAACUUGAAGCUGUAUCGCUUGCUCUGUUAGCCCCUCUAACAGCGUUACAUUCGUAAGUCGGAUGACUCGCACCGGUUUUCUCCACCCUCAGCUGACUAGUAUAUCGACGAUGGGCAGGCUAUAAAUACAGACGAGGUUCCUAUAAUCAAAUCAAGGGAGUUCGCUGGAUAUCUUCCCUACUAACCCUUCAUCAACCCACCAGAAUGGAUACCUCCAAUUCUCAUGAAAUUAUGAUAAAUGAGACAACGCCUCUGGUACCUGCUAAGGGCUCGAAAAAACCUAGAACGCCCCUUCCAAAGCUUCAGAUAGGCAUACUCAUAACGCUGCAACUUGCGGAACCCAUCGCUUCGACAUCUAUAUUCCCGUAUAUCAAUCAGCUGAUCAGAGAACUUGGAAUCACUGGGGGCGAUGAUGCGGCUGUAGGAUAUUAUGCUGGAAUCAUUGACUCUCUGUUUUUCGUUGGACAGGCACUGACGGUGUUGAAGUGGGCUCGGUUGUCUGACCGCAUUGGGCGCAAGCCGGUAUUAGUCAUCGGACUAUUAGGAACAUGCAUUUCAAUGCUAUGUUUCGGCCUUUCGACAAACUUCUGGAGCCUUGUUGUUAGCCGUUGCAUGUGCGGUUUUCUGAAUGGCAACGUUGUAGUAAUGAAGACUAUGAUGGGAGAAUUGACGGACUCCACAAAUAUGGCCCAGGGAUUUGCCCUGAUCCCGAUUGUCUGGUGCAUCGGAGGCUUUGUUGGUCCUUUAAUGGGAGGAACACUCGCGCGACCGCAGGACCAUUGGCCGGCAUUGUUCUCCGGUUCGUUCUGGAGAAAUUACCCAUACUUUUUGCCUUGUGGGGUGGCAGCCUGUCUGCUCGUCCUGGCCCUUGUCAUGAUGUCAAUCUUCUUGGAAGAAACAUUAUCGACAAAGCGUCGGCCGAAGUUCACUUCAACUAGGGUCAGCGUUUCGAAUAGCCCCGACAGAGAAUUACUUGCUAAAACUUCGAUGGCAAACAUGCCCUUGCGAUCUCUCCUUACGCGUUCCGUUGUCGUUCCGAUUGCAAACUACGCCAUGCUCUCCUUCCUUGACGUUUCUUUUAGGGUUCUUUUGCCGCUGUUCUUGUCGACACCUACUUACCUUGGCGGUCUUGGAUUUGAUCCUGCUACUAUUGGCUGGUGGAUGGCGUUGAUUGGGAUCACGGAUGGUGUAUUUCAGGCAUUCUUCUUUGCCAGAAUCACCGAUUGGAUUGGUCCAAAGCGUCUGUUCUCUGCUUCAGUGUGGUGCUACCCACCACUCGUGGCUAUGUUUCCGAUAAUGUCGUGGAUUUUACGUGCAAGGGGUGAAGUCGAUUAUACAAUCACGUUUGCCUUGCUUUUCCUCAUAUGUAUAGAAGUCACAUGGGAUAUGGGAUAUGGAGUUGUUUUCAUGUUUAUCACAGCCUCUGCUCCCACAAACAAUGUCCUUGGCGCUAUCAAUGGCCUCAGCCAAACCUCUGCGGCAGUAGCUCGUGCCAUUGGUCCCGCCUUGGCGACUUCGCUCUUUGCUGUAUCGAAGGAACACAACCUUCUAGGAGGAAAUGCAGUUUUUGUCGUCUUGAUCAUGUUGUCCGCUGGAUUGAGAUGGCUGGCAUCUCGGUUGCCGGAUGAAAUACAAGAUAGGGAUGAGUGACAGGUGAUUCACGAAAGGAGUCGAUGUCGGAUUGCAGUGUUGUAGGAUUCGUGUUCAUCGCUCUGCAGGUAUUUGUUGAUGAGUUGUUAGAUAUCAAGGUAGGCAGAUGUCCGAGCAUGUUACAAUUUGAUCUUUGGAUCUUGUUUCAAGCA